GUUCGCACUCUUCGCUGUCCCAAACCCUUCGAGGAGAGCACACCCAUUUCUCCCCUCAACGCCCAAAUCUGGUACCCUUCUCGAUCCGCACCUCCUCCGGUCACGCCCCCUAUUCCCGAUCUCCAAAGAAGCCCCGACGCCGUCUUCUACGAUCCAGCUCUCCCUCCCAUUCGAUUUUGGACCUCCGAUUCUCUAACCCUAAACCCUAAUUCUCUGCAAGAAUCCAGUUUCGCAGCUUAUGGAGGAUAACAAUUGCGAGAAGCAAACUCCUAUUCAAUUCAAGUGUAAAAAGAUACUUCCUGGAGUAAGCUCAAAUGAGUCGAGUUCUGCAGCUAUACAGAUUGUGAAUGCCGACAAGAAUGAAGAUCAUGUCAGUAUCUUUGCAUCUCCAACACCUGAGAAACCUGAAUGGGGUAGCAAGUCAGAAGUCAUUACUUCUUUUGCUAGGAAAAAACUUGUUGGGAGUUUCCAGGAUGAAGAUGUCAUUGGUCAAUCAGCUGUCAGUCAUGAAAGCACUCGCUUGAUCAGUGAUGAAGAUUCAUUGGUUUCAAAUUUCUCUGAACACAGCACUCAUGUGCUCAGCACAUUGCUCAAAGAUAAAUCAGUUGAACUUCCAGACAAAUAUAAGGCUUUGGUCGACCUUUUUAAUCGAAUGGAGAGUUCUAUAAGGUUGCUUCACCUACGGAAGAAACUACCAACUUUCCAGAACAUUCGGACUCAGGUGGAGGUAUUAACAAAAAGGAAAUUCUUCUGCAGGCAUCUUGCGCAAAUGAAAUAUGUGUUUCCUGAAGCCAUUCAGAUAGAGAAGAUACUAAUACAUGAUGAGAAAAGUUUAUGUAUGAAUCCAGAUAUGAAGAUUACUCUGUUAUUGGAUGUUGUAGAAUGUACACAUCCUGAACAGUCCAUAUCGAAGGCUUUAUGCCAAGCUUUUCAUGAAAGACUGUUAGAUUUCUUCAAUACACAUCCUGAGGGUACUGAAAUCCCAGAAGCCAUGCUACCAGAGCCAUUCAAUCCUACUACAAACCCUAGUUUAUUUCUUAAAAGGUUGUCUGAUGAAUCAUCCAGUGAAUUACCACGAACAACUUUAGUUGACCUGGAGCCAUUAUCAAGUGCUUCUCAUUUUCCUUCAUCUUUCCAACGGCAGUUUUCCCAGAAAGUUAUUAUGCCAGAAACACAAAGAAGUCAACUACUUUCUGCCACAGAAUCAAUGGAAUCUAUAAGCAGUGACGAUAAAGCAAGAGGAAACAGGGGGAGUCCUCAGAAACAGGAGAGAUCUUCUUCUGUUUUAACUCUCAAGGCUUCUGCGGAAGGGAUCUCAACUCCAAAUCGCUAUAUGGUUUCUCAUCAUUCUGAGAGCACUCCAGCAAAAGCUAACUCAAGCUUAGAUAAUGUGAUGACAGAAACUCCAGCACAGCAGACGCCUAAAAGACCAAUGCCCACGCCACAUGACAAGAUGCUUAUUGGGAUUGAAAAAACAGCUUCUGAAUUUAGGUUCACCAGUUCAGCUCGUAGGUCAUUGAUCUACUCACCUUCAAAAACUGAAGGAAGUAUGAUAACUCCAGUUGUCUCUAUGGCUGAACAGAACAAAACCAUGCAAUAUUCUUCCCAUCAAGCUGGAAAAGAAAUUAGUGAAUCCCUUAUCAACCCAUGUGUGGUACAUGAUGUUGGACCUAGCACUAUUGAAGAUCAUGAGGUGAAUCAAAUGGGAAGAAGGAAGCGCCAAGAAAUGCUAGCUUGUUUACCAGAUAUAUUUGACACAAUUUGUAUCAUUUCUCGAUCCACCGACUGUUCUUUAAUCACGAAACAGGAGCUUGUGCACAAGAUACUCUCUAAUAAUUUAGAGAUCGAGGAGACAAGAGAAGUGGAAGAGCAGUUGGAAUUAUUAGAAGAGCUGGUUCCAGAUUGGAUUCGUAAGAAGGCUGUAUAUAGUGGGGAUUUUCUUUAUUGUAUUAAACAAACAUCUGAUCCAAAAUCAGUCCGUGCAAGGCUGGUUGAAGCCGUGUGAGAUUAUUUAUCACAGAUAUGGUAUUUAGUUCCAUACCGUGAUUCAUCGAACCUUGAGAUAUUGAGGGAACGACUUCCUGUUUGUAUUAAUUUCUCAACUGUUAAUCUGCUGUUAUUGGUACGUAAUUUGUUCUUCCAAGCUCUUUCUGAACGGGCAUUUUUUUUUAGUGGAUGAUAUUUUAAAUCUUACGUGGUAAUGAGUAAAUGAACAUACAUGUCUUUUCUCUGUUGUUUAUACCAUUAUGGAAGUAGUAAUGUGAUGUUAAUUUUAUGUUC